AUGAGCGAUUCGGAAUCACUUCUAGAGAUGUUCAGGACAAUUCUUGCGACUGUGCUCCUUGCCGAACCAGCACUCGGAGUGAUCAACGGUCACUCAGCGAGCCCAUCCGAGACUCGUUCCCUUGUAAGGCUAACGUCCACUUUUCCUCACUUCGACCACGAACAAGCAAUUUGUGGAGGUGUCCUGAUAUCUCAAAAUGCUUUGCUCACUGCAGCGCACUGUGUCUACGACAGAAAUGUGCACUCUGCGCUGGUUACUUUAACGUUGAGCAGCUACCACCCUAAAGCUCCGAAGAAAGUAUCAAUACAAUUUUCCAAAGCCGUAAACAUUCAUUCGGACUUCUCAGAGCUUUCUAGAGGAGAUCCAGACAUGGCGAUCGUCUACCUUUCACAUCCGUUUAAGUGCGAAGCAAAGUAUGGUCCAGAAGUGGCACGUUUGCCGUUUCAAGUUGCGAAAAAGGGAAGAUACAUCACUUGGAGCAAUCCCAUCUCCGACAAAGAAAUAUACGACGCUAACUGCUUCGCUACUGGAUGGGGAAUCACAAAAAACGGAACGUUUGCUACUACUCCUCAGCGUAUCAAUCUUCAACUUGUGCAGGAUGAACUAAAUGGAUUGAUUGGCUAUCCAGUGGAAGAUAACAUUAGAGCAUGUCAGGGAGACUCUGGAAGUCCUGUGUACUGCCACAUUAGCGGAAUCAAAUAUUUGAUCGGAAUAAUAACGGACAUUGGAUCAUUCAAAAGUGAAAUACCUAUCUCCAAAGGCAAACUAGAAUGUGAACUUUACGAUUUUGUGCUCAUCUCGGAUAUCCGGAAGAAUGCUGUCGAAAUCGGUAAAAUCCUGAGAUCUCGAGGACAAAGCAAUGAAUUAGUGAUCAGUCAAAGCAAAUGCCUCAAAGAUCAUUGA